AUGAAGUCCUUUGCAACGAUUGGCCUUCUCUCCUUUUUCAUUGGUGCUCUGAUGACAACUGUUGCGUCGGAGGAAACGUUCGAAACACCUGAGAACCAGGAAAAUAACGGUGAAUUAGGCGCCCCUAAGGAAACCGUUGAGAAUGAUGAAGUUGAUAAAGAAGACGACGAAAGUGAAGACGGGGAUGAUGAAAUAGAUGAUCCUGAAAGGUAACUAAUCCAGGCCACAGUACGGCGCCUGUUCUUCAUAUAAAACUAGUAGAGGUAAAGGUAAGGAGUCCUUAUUUUAUGUCGGUAGCUCGAAAUAGUCAUCUGACUAACACAUCUGAGGCCGAUAGUGCGCUCAUUUUUAACCUCCUCUCUCCAUUAGUGCUCCGUUUUACGGGUAUUUAAAGCUACUUAAAACUACAUGGAAAGGAAAGAAGUAGCAGGAAGAUUUGUGGUCACACCUGGGAAUCGAACUCGGGACCUCUCGCGCACAGAAGGCCGCGCACUAACCAACUCUCCUAAGUAUAAAUUUUAACAGCAACAGAGGUAUUUUCUUUUCCGCUUGUUUUAUCCAGAUUGGUUAUCCGAUACAUAUCUCGAUGCUUCUGUGAUUGUAAACCUCUUUCCGUUUGUCUGUUGAUAAACAAACGCUAAACGCCUUCUCUUCAGUUGCUUCCUUCUCGACAGUCAUGGCUUGGUUUAUGCUUAGUCCGAAAGUUGACAUGACAUUUAAUCGAAUUGAGACAUUUUAAUAAGUGAGCUAUGUGUGGCUUCAUAGCUCAGUUGGUAGAGCAACGCACUGGUAACGCGGAGGUCACGGGUUCGAAUCCCGUUGAAGCCCUGAUUUUUUUCAGGCUCCUUCUUUCCUAUUACUUAAAUUGGAAAAUUUACUGCGAUGAUCAUUCUUCACUUUCAUCUACAACCGCGGUUCAAAAAUGAAUUAUUUCAUAUAUACUUCAUAUCAUAACAACAAUAGCUGCUGUAACCUUUGCAAUUCUUAGAGACUACCUUUUAUAUACCUAUAAAUUGUUUUGUUAUACAAUUUAUUCAUGCUACAUAUUUUAAUUGUAUAUACAUUAUUAUUAUUAUUUCUUAUUUGUAAAUAAUUUUUAUUUCUGUGUCCCCAAUUAGUUGUGAAAACUAAAUACAUUGACACAUUAAUAAAGCUUUUACUUUACUUACUUACUUACUUUUCGACUAAGGACUAGGUUUCACACUGAGCCGAACAGAAUCCUCCACUGAGACCAGCACAAAUCACUCAUAUCUCUCUGUCUCAGAUACAUAAUGACAUCAGACAUGCUCAGUUUCUCUUCACCAAGCUUCGUCACUCCCUGCGCUACAAAACCAAAAGCCGAGCAGAGACAAAUGACAUAUUUCCCCUGGUAUGAAUUGCCACCAACCUCGGGAUCGGAUAGUGAAGUCGUUAUUAAGUUACUUUCUACAACUUUAGACCUUUGAUCGCCCAUCUUUCAUUCUUUCUUGGUACCUCCUUGGAAAAAAUCGAAGGAAAGUGCUAUUAAAAAAUUCUAUUUUUCCAGAAUUUACGCGCUCCAAUUUUUUAAUCGCUACAGUCCUGAUUGUUGCUUAUGACUAACAAUCUAUUCCUUUCCGUUCAGUCCAAACCCUGUUUCUCAAGAUGACGAUGAAAACGACAAUGCAGAGUUAGAGAAUCCAGAAAGGUAAACCAUAUUCAAAAACUGAAAUAUGUUAGCAAGUGUAAGUCACAACCAUUUCAAUAAAUUUAAACGUCCCAGCGCUGACUUGCAAACAUUCUGUUUGAUAAGUGAAAAAAUGUUCAAAUCAUUGUAAAUAACUAUUGUUUUCAGUGUUUCCAUGACAGCAGGCAGCCCAGCAGCAGAUCCGAAGGCUUUACCUUGGGUCCGCGGGAAACACCGACGAUAUUAUCCACGUCGACGAAUCUCCUAUCGACGCCGAUAUUAUCCACGCCGACGCAUCUCCUAUCGACGCCGAUAUUAUCCACGCCGACGAAUCUCCUAUCGACGCCGAUAUUAUCCACGCCGACGAAUCUCCUACCGACGUCGCUAUAUUGGAAAAAAAUGGUAG